AUAUCUUUGUCGUAUUUACUUCAGAAACAUAUAUAAACCUAUAAACGAAUCUGUUGGCCUCAGAUCUAGAAAACAGAUCUGCAGUCAAGAAUGCGUGCGUUUGCUUGUCUUAUAUUUUUCGCUCUGGCAUAUGCUACUGAAGGAACUCCCUUUCCCUAUAUCGUCGGUGGUAACGAUGCUCCCGUCGGCAAAUAUCCGUAUCAAGUGUCAUUAAAAUUAUCCGGUAAACACAUAUGCGGUGCAUCUAUCCUUGAUCGGUUUAACGUAUUAACUGCAGCACAAUGUGUCGGACUGCCUGAUCUGAAGAACCUAAAGGUCCAUGUCGGCACAAAUUAUUUGAGCGGAUCAGGAAACGUUUAUGACAUAGAGGAUGUUCACAUUCACGAAUCUUACGAUGAUUAUUUAAUUAGAAAUGACAUCGCUUUAGUUCACCUUAGAAGUCCUAUCAAAUACAGUUUGUUAGUGCAACCAAUACAUCUUGCGGCAAUCGAUAAUGAUCUCGAAGGCAAUCCAUGUAUUUUAACCGGUUGGGGAGCAACACAGGCCGGUGGAAAUCCUACAAAUGCAUUGCAAGAAAUUGAAUUGAGAGUUUAUCCACAGAAAGAUUGUAAGAAACAGCAUUGGAGAAUGGCUGAUAGCAAUAUCUGCACUUUGACUAAACGCGGAGAAGGAGCGUGCCAUGGUGAUAUUGGUGGACCUUUAGUAGCUAAUGGAACUCAAAUUGGAAUCGUUUCCUUCAUGAAUCCUUGCGGAGUUGGAUCACCAGAUGUUUAUACAAGAGUAACCAGUUUUAUACCUUGGAUUAACGCAAAUUUAAAGAAAAAAACAGAUCUACAAUCAAAGAUGCAUACGUUUGCGGGUUUUAUAUUUAUCGCUCUGGCAGUGGCAUAUGCCGAAGAAGUACUAUCUCCGUACAUCAUCCAAGGUAAGAAUGUCAAAGACAUUAAAGAAUACCCGUAUCAAGUGUCACUAAGAUUAUCCGGUAAACACAAAUGUGGUGGAUCUAUCUUGGAUGAGUUUAACGUGUUAACCGCAGCACAGUGUGUCGGAGUGAAAGAUCUAAAGGAACUAAAGGUCCAUGUUGCCACAAAUAAUUUGACUGAUGAAGGAAAAUCUUAUGAAGUAGAAAGAGUUCGCAUGCACGAAUACUACGAUAGUUAUUUAAUGAGAAAUGAUAUCGCUUUAGUUCAUCUUAAAGAUCCAAUCGAAUUCAAUGACAAAGUAAAAAACAUAAUUCUUUCAACAAACGAUAAUGAUUUCGAACAAGGCACAUCGUGCACUUUAACCGGAUGGGGAUUUGAAGAGGUUGAUGGAAGUGUUCCACCAAUAUUGAAAGCAACAGAUGAGUUGUUAAUUUAUCCGCAGGAAAAUUGUGAGCAAGACCAAUGGAGAGUGACAGAUAGCCAUAUCUGCACUAAGACUAAAUACGGAGGAAUGUGCCGCGGUGAUACCGGUGGACCUUUAGUGUGUGAUGGCAACGGCAUCAAAGUUCAAGCAGGAAUCGCUUCUUUUACUACUUCCUGUGAUGUUAAAUUACCAAACAUUUACACAAGAGUGUCCAGUUUCCAAUUUUGGAUCAAGCGGAAUAAGAAGAAAUCAGAAAAUCUUAUUUAAUUUGUUUAUUAAAAUGCCACUUUAUUUUAUGUGAUUUACAAUUUAAUUAAUAACAUGGUUUGGGCAAAUUAUUUCUGCAAAAUGUAUGCUUCCAACAGUUAAAUAAAUUGUCAAUAGUGUCAAUACAAAUAA